UGGGUAUGCCCUUGUGGCUUUGUAGUUGCUAAUCUUUAUCUCACUGAUCUGGGCCGAAGCAGAAGAAGGCUACACUUGGCACUUCCCGCCGCCGCCUUCGAUCAGCUCCGACACUCUUCCCCCUCGACUUUCCCCCACAAAACUAGGUCACCACGCACAGCUUCCACGCCUAACAGGCAGUCAUUGAUUAUCUCUAUUUUAUAACCUUGAGCGCUGCUUACUUACAACACAAAUUCUUCUUUUUUUAUUUGGAGCGAUCCCCUACUCAUCAUUGCCAGCCAUGGCAAGCCCAACUGGCUUCUCGAUAAAUGUCAACGAUCCCAGCUUGAUCUCCUUGGUCAACAAGCUGCAGGAUGUCUUCGCUACUGUCGGAGUUCACAACCCCAUCGACCUGCCUCAAAUUGCUGUCGUUGGUUCGCAGUCCAGCGGAAAGAGUUCAGUUCUGGAAAACAUUGUUGGUCGCGAUUUCCUCCCCCGUGGUUCCGGAAUUGUCACUCGCAGACCCCUCAUCCUGCAACUGAUCAACAAGCCCGCUACAAAUGCGCAGACCAACGGUGCGAAGGAAGGAGAGUUGGAAGGCACGGACAAAGAGGCCAACUUGGACGAAUAUGGCGAGUUCCUGCACAUCCCCGGUCAAAAGUUCUACGACUUCAACAAGAUCCGCGAUGAAAUUGUGCGCGAAACCGAACAAAAAGUCGGUCGCAACGCCGGCAUCUCACCCGCCCCUAUCAACCUCCGCAUCUACUCGCCUAAUGUCCUGACCCUGACGCUGGUUGACUUGCCCGGAUUGACCAAGGUGCCGGUGGGCGAUCAGCCCAAGGACAUCGAGAAGCAGAUUCGGGACAUGGUCAUGAAAUACAUCAGCAAGCCCAACGCUAUCAUUCUGGCUGUCACUUCUGCGAACCAGGACUUGGCUAACUCGGAUGGUCUGAAGCUGGCGCGCGAGGUGGAUCCCGAGGGUCAGCGUACGAUCGGUGUGUUGACUAAGGUGGAUCUGAUGGACGAGGGCACCGAUGUCGUGGAUAUUCUUGCGGGCAGGAUUAUUCCCUUGCGCUUGGGUUAUGUGCCAGUGGUCAACCGUGGUCAGCGCGAUAUUGAGAACAAGCGGCCCAUUGCUUAUGCCCUGGAGAACGAGAAGAACUUCUUCGAGAACCACAAAGCCUACCGCAACAAAUCGUCAUACUGCGGAACGCCGUAUUUGGCUAGAAAGUUGAACCUGAUCCUUAUGAUGCACAUCAAGCAAACUCUUCCCGACAUCAAGGCCCGCAUCUCGUCCUCCCUUCAGAAAUACUCCUCCGAACUUUCGCAGCUUGGUGACUCGAUGCUCGGCAACAGCGCGAACAUCGUGUUGAACAUUAUCACCGAAUUUAGUAACGAGUACCGUACUGUGCUGGAGGGUAACAACACCGAGCUGUCCAGUAUCGAAUUGUCGGGAGGUGCCCGUAUCAGCUUCGUGUUCCACGAGCUUUACUCCAAUGGUGUCAAGGCGGUCGAUCCAUUUGAUCAGGUGAAGGAUAUUGACAUCCGUACCAUCCUCUACAAUUCUUCUGGAUCGUCACCAGCUCUUUUUGUUGGUACGACUGCGUUUGAAUUGAUCGUGAAGCAGCAGAUCAAGCGAUUGGAAGAUCCCAGCUUGAAGUGUAUCUCUUUGGUGUACGACGAACUCGUUCGCAUCCUGGGUCAGCUUCUGAACAAGCAGCUCUUCCGGAGGUACCCUAUGCUUAAGGAGAAGUUCCAUGCGGUGGUUAUCGGAUUCUUCAAGAAGUGUAUGGAGCCGACUAACAAGCUUGUGCGGGACCUGAUCGCAAUGGAAUCGGUUUACAUCAACACUGGACAUCCCGACUUCCUGAACGGACACCGCGCCAUGGCUAUCGUCAACGAACGUCAACUUGGAAGCAAGCCUACGCAAGUGGACCCGAAGACGGGCAAGCCUCUUCCUCCGCGGGCAAAUAGCCCCUCGGUUGAGGCUCCUACCGACACCGGCAGCUCCGGAUUCUUCGGCAGUUUCUGGGCCUCGAAGAACAAGAAGAAGAUGGCCGCUAUGGAGCCGCCACCGCCGUCUCUGAAAGCCUCUGCGGCCCUGUCCGAGCGGGAGAGCAGCGAGGUCGAAGUCAUUAAAUUGCUCAUCACGUCAUACUUCAAUAUCGUCAAGCGCACCAUGAUCGAUAUGGUCCCCAAGGCCAUUAUGUACACCCUUGUUCAAUUCACCAAGGACGAAAUGCAGCGCGAGCUUCUGGAGAUGAUGUACCGCAACAACGAGCUGGAUGAGCUCCUGAAGGAGAGUGAUUACACCAUCCGCCGGCGGAAGGAGUGCCAGCAGAUGGUGGAGAGCCUUUCCCGCGCCAGCGAGAUUGUCAGCCAAGUUCAGUGAGUCUCAGAGUUGGAUGGUUGAUUUUGAUCUAUACACCCGAUCACUUUCCGUUGUGCUG